AUGUCAAUCGUGCACGUGCCUACAUUUGAGAUAAACCUAGACCUACCGGCAGAGGAGAGAUAUCUCGAAAUAUACGUAAAUUUCAGUGAAAAUAUCAAGCCACUGUUUACUUCCUUCUAUAAGAGCAUCCCGAGGAGCAGGAAGAAGUUCUUCCCUGCCUUCGCGAAGUUUCUGGAGAAAUCUGACAACGAGUACUACAAAGAAAUGGAAGCUCUCGCUAAGAUCAUUGAGAUGAAGCCUUAUGAAUGCAUUGCAGUUGAACACUGCUGUGAGUUCAUGGUCGGCUGCACCUCUGUGCUGGCCAAGGCGAAAGAUGAAGUCAAUGGAGGAUAUAAGAUCGUUCAUGGAAGGAAUUUAGAUUACCCACUAGAAGUUAGCCUGAUGAGAGAUGUACUGUAUAAGGGGGUCAUGACGAAGGAUGGCAAGGAAAUUGGGACUAGUCUGAUCUUUGCAGGAUUUCAACUUUACACUUCAAUCAAGAAGGGAGCUUACUCCAUAAGCUAUAAUCAACGGAUGAAGAAGCAGGAGAAUGGCUUCUUAAAAUCAAUGGUUCUUGCUUUCUUGGGCUAUAAGAAAUAUUCACGAAUCAUACAAGAAACUUUAAUAACUUGCGAUACUUUUGAUGAAGCUGUGGAGCAUCUCAAAUCUACACCAUCUUUGAAUGAGUGCUAUCUCUCGAUUUGAGGAAUUGACAGAGGAGUCAAAAUCACCAGAGACAGGUUCAAAGCCCGUCUCGAGUGGGUCUAUGCCGACGGCAGAGAAGAUGGCAAUACCUUCGAUGUCCAAACUAAUUGUGACUCUUGGGAAGAAAUCCCUAAGAGAGAUAACAACAGGAGAAAAACUGCAAUUGAACUUGUCGAAGCCACUGGAGUGGAACAUAUGAAUGAGAAGAGAAUGCUGUUUAACGUUAUGAAUGUUGACCCUGUUUGUAACAAGGAGACAGUUUAUUCCUCCUUCAUGGACCCUAGCACAUAUAAAUGCGUUGUUUUAAUCAAUUAG